GUCUUCAGUAACUUUUAUAAACGUCACCCUAAUCGAAUUCCUCCCGAUUUUUCCUUAUUUUUUUUAUCACCAAAAUCAUUGCAAAAUGUGUGAAAACUAACUGAGAAUUCCCCAAAAUAUGUGACAAGAAAUUGAAAGUGAAACGUUUCAUUAUCUCACAUAAAAUGGGGAAAAACAAAUUGAUUUUUCUAUCAGUCCCGACAGGAUAGUAAGUUUGUCACUUCCUCUUUGAUUAACAAUUGUUUGGUGUUUCUGUGAACUGGCAUAACAAAAAAAAACGCUGCGGUUCCGCAAUGGGAUCUGUAUGGAAGAGGCUGCAGAGGGUCAAUAAGUUAGCCGUUAAGUUUCAGUUUACCGUCUCCUACCAUCAGUUGUCAUUCGAAUUCACACCGAAAUGGGAACCGCACAAACUCUCAAUCGUCUGGUCGAGGCGAUCAAGACGCGUCAUCUCGACACCAAUGCAGUGGGAGCCCACCCUCCAAAAUCCCUACAAGGGUCUCGUCGUUUGGCCCCUACCCGAAAACCACCAGGUCUCCGUGACACUUUUCAAGGACCCCCGGACGAACGAGCUCGAAGACAAAGAUUGGACCUUUAUCAUCGAGGACGUCGCAUCGACCGGGAAAAGACGACAGCUGGCGAUGGCGCAGGUGAAUAUGCGCAAAUAUGCGAGCGUGGAGUCGACGCAACAUCAGAUGCAGUUGAACUUUAAGCCGAUGAGUAAAAAAGUCACGUCAGCGAAGCUGGAAUGUACGCUAUCGUGUGUGUUUUUAAGGGAAGGGAAGGCGACAGACGAAGAUAUGCAGUCCAUGGCGUCUCUAAUGUCGGUGAACAACAACAGCGACAUUGCGCCACUCGAAGAUUUCGAAGAUGAAGAUUUUUCGCUUAGUGACAAUUCCAUGAAAAAUAGUAUAAACGAAGUGACGCAACAAAUGCAACAAAUGACGAACAGUCUGUCCGGUUCCGAUUUUGCGAGUACUCCCAUUAGUGUAAAUAGUAUACAGUCGUUGACUCGUGAUGACAAAACCCCCACGGUGGAAACAUUCUCACCUCUCUCCGAUAAACCAAAGAUACCCUACCAGAUACCCCCGCCUAAGCAGAGCGAUUUCAAUCAGAGCGAGACCGAUCCCUACUCCGAUUUGUGCUCGGAGCAGCUGGAGAAGUUGGAUAGCUUAGAGGAGGAGUGCGAGAACGACGUCGUGUUACCGGCGCGGCCGAAAAACGUCAAUCUGAAGCUGCAGCCGCUCGAGCUCAAGAUUAACGAACCGAAAGAGACGAUCAGCAUUAAACCGCAACAGCAGAAGCUGACCACGCCGGGUCAGGAUCUGUUGGAAUGGUGCAAGGAGAUGACGAAGAAUUAUUCCGGUGUUAAAGUUACCAAUUUGACGACGAGCUGGAGGAAUGGCAUCGCUUUCUGCGCGCUGAUUCACCAUUUCAAGCCCGAAUUAAUCGAUUUCGACUCGCUAUCGCCUCACGAGGUUAGGUCCAACUGCAAGAAGGCCUUCGACGCGGCGGACACGUUGGGGAUACCUCGCGUCAUCGAGCCCUCCGACAUGGACAUGCUGGCAGUUCCAGAUAAGCUGGCGGUCAUGACUUACCUGUACCAGUUACGCGCGCAUUUCACGGGGCACGAGCUGGAGGUGCAACAGAUCGGUAAGACUACCGAGGAAAGUAGUUACAUGAUCGGUCGAUUUAAUACGGACAAUGACACUGAUGUGACAAAGCAGCUGUUCGGCCAGGAGAUCAUGAAUUUGAGGAAGGCGAAACAGCAGCAGGUAACACAGGUGGCGAGAGUGGCCGAAGGUAAAAGGGAAACGCCCGAGCGGGAGAAGGAGAAAAUCAUCAACAAAGAGAAUCAAAUAAAUCAAAAUUCGGAGACCGGUCCGCCGGAAAAGCUGCGUCUAUCGUUGACAAUUACGGACUCGUCCGAUAAUUUCAAGGAGCCGAAGGAGAAAUCGCCGACGUCCGUUAAGGACGUGAAGGAAAUCAUUUUGGCGAGCUCGAAAAAUAUUCUAGGUAAAGUUUUGUCGCCUUCGAAAGAUAAGCUCGCCCAAAAUGUGAAUAGUAAAAAAGUUGAGGUUAAGAAACCGAUCUUGAUGACGAGGCGGGAACUGUGCGAUCCGUUCGGCUCAGAUGACGAGGACGAGAAUCCUGGCGUCGAGGUGAACGGGGUUUGCGACGAUCACGUUAGCGAGAAAGACGGCGGCGGUGAAAAUAAAAGUCCCGAACUGCCGAUUCCGAAUUCUCACUUGCUAACAAGGCAUACUGAGCAAAAGGAACGCGCUAGGCAAUUGCUUGAGCAGAUUAAGCGUGACGGACCUACAUCGCCGACGAAGGCCAUAUCGGAGGACGAGCGACAGGCGCAACUGCGCGAGCGCGCCCGGCAAAUUAUAGCGAAGGCGCGGAAAGGUUCGACGCCGACGACCGAAAUAAUUCGUGCCUCUAGUCCGGAGAUUGUCCGAAGUGGUGCGGACGCCGACGAGCGAUUAGGAAAAAUGUCAGAAGAAAUCGAUUUGGAAAAAAACGGUAACAUACCAUCUUCGAAGUCGCCGACGCGAAUCCUGGCCGAUUCUAGUCCUAGCAUUAAGGAAAAGUCGCCCGAUAAGUUACCGGAAGAUUUGGGGUUGACAGGGAUUGACGUCCAGAACUGGAUCGAUCAAGAACUGGAAGAUCUCGAACGCGAACAAAGUGCCAUCGAUACUCAAGCUGCCACGUUAGAGAAGCAGCUGCGCGACGUCAUGGAGGCGCCGCACAGCAACAGCGAGGUCGAGGACGCCCUCAUGACGCAAUGGUUUACGCUCGUAAAUAAAAAGAACGCGUUGCUAAGGCGGCAGAUGCAGUUGAAUAUCUUAGAGAAGGAAAGUGAUUUGGAGCGAAGGUACACGAUGCUAAAUCACGAGCUUCGGAUGAGCCUGUCGAUUGAGGACUGGCGCAAGACCGACGAGCAGAGGGCGCGCGAAGCGCUGCUGCUUGAGGAAUUAGUUCAAAUUGUAAAUAAACGAGACGAGUUAGUGCAUCAUCUUGAUAGUCAAGAAAAGGCGAUCGAGGAUGACGACUUGAUAGAGCACGAUUUAUCGCAAAUGGACCUUCAGCGGAAAGAAAAAUGUGUCAUUCAAUAAAUCGGCGUGUACAGUUUUUUUAUUAUUUUGAAAAGACAUAGCUUUAAUGUAUUUUAGUUAGGCUAAUUUAUUAACGAAGGACAUUGAAUGUUAUUUAUUUAUUACUAAAAAAACUAUAUUUUUCGGCAGUGUCGAACGGUAAGUACGCCUUGUGUAAGCUUUAACUAUUAGUGCAAUAUAAUUGUUCCUCUUUACUUUCGGAUCCAGUUGUGAGUCGCGUUUCGCUCGGAAUUCAAGGCGAACAUAUUAAUUUCGAAUCUCAAUUAGGUUGUACUGCAUUAAUUGGCGGAAACGAAUUCAGGGUGUUGUGGAACUGUACAUAUCGACUAUGUACAAUACUUAUAUGUGAUACAUACAUCGGUUUGAAUUCCGGACAAAGCGAAAACGCGCAUUGGUUGUUGCGCUUUUCGUUCUUUUACUUUUGCCAUUGUUAAAUGUCAACUAAUCGUUUAAAGAAAUCUCAUUUCUUUAAGUUGAAGUGUAGUAUUUAUUAAUCUAACAUUCUCGUUAGCUUACAUAAUUGUAAUAUAAAUUUUUGUAUGUGCAUAUUUGUAAUGGAUAAAUUCAUGACAUACUUCACUUUGUGUAAAUAGUUUAUGUGUACUAAAGUGUGCAAAUCUACGGAUUUGUUCUUAACUGAUGUAAUAUUGUGUGAUCAAAAUAAAAUAGAAUUAUGUCUCGGGUU